AUGGAGAUGGUGGAUUGGGCUCUGCUCAAGGAGUGGCUGGUGCUGGUGUUGUUCUUGGGGAAGAAGACGACGCUGCCAUGCCUUCUCUCGAAAAGAAUAGAAGGCGAGGGCGGAGGAGGAGGAGGAAGAAUGGGGGUCGAAGGUGGAGAGAGAGAAGAAGAGGAGGGCGAGGGAAACAAAGAGGGCGUAGAUGGAGAUGGUGGAUUGGGCUCUGCUCAGGGAGUGGCUAGUGCUAGUGUUGGCAAGGGGAGAGCUUUUUAUGCUGCUGAUGAUGUUGUAGUUGUUGUGCAUGAUAUCAACAAUGGAUAUUGGAAUUCAAGUGCAAGCGUCUUUCGAAAGGAGUAUAGAUUAUUUUAUCUGAUGGCAACAUAUUGUAUACCUCAGGUUUCGAUCUUGAAUGGCAUUGUCAUGGGAGCAGGGACUGGUUUUUCCAUCCAUGGUAGUUUUCGAGUAGCAACGGAGAAUUUCAUAUUGCUUCUUUUUGUUUUUGCUAUGCCCGAAACAGCUCUAGGUCUCUUUCCUAACAUAGGUUCCUCAUAUUUUCUGUCAAGGAUCCCUGGCUUUUUAGGGGAAUAUCUUGGUCUUACUAGUGCUAGACUGGAUGGAGCAGAGAUGCUUGCAUGUGGCCUUGCAACUCACUUCGUUUCCUCAGCGGAAUUGCUGUCGCUAGAAGCUGCUCUACACUCAGUAGAUUCCAGUGAUCAACCCAAAAUUUCAGCAGUCAUUGGGGAAUACUCUGAGCUGCCUAUGUUGAAAGAGCAAAGUGCAUACAAUCGAUUAGAUGUCAUCAAUAGGUGCUUCUCACGAAGAACUGUGGAAGACAUUCUAUAUGCUCUUGAGCAAGAAGCCACAAAUGAGGUAGAUGAUUGGAUCCAAGCCUCACUUCGGUCACUAAAGAAAGCAUCGCCUAUAAGCCUUAAAAUUUCCCUUAGAUCGUGGGAACCCACUAGAAUGGGCCUUGUCACUGACAAGAUGGUGGACGUCUACUUCUCCAAGGUGGAUGAUGAAGACUGGGAAGAGCUGAAGCUGCCCCCCAGACCGAACUUGCCUGCAUCUGCUUUCGCAAAGCUGUAA